UUUAUAUUUUUUACGAAAAUGUCUGAUAAAGAAACAAAAAUCGACAAGGAAACCUCUCAAUAAACAUGUGGAUCAGAAGUCAAUUAGUGAUCGAGAUGUUAACUUGCGCAAACAGGCGAACGUGCAUACGGACGGCCGGAAAGAUUGCCGGACUCCUGAAACGCUUGCCGGCGUCACUGUAUGAAAGCAGAGCGACGGCACCGCGUCCGCCGGUCGAGUUGAAUGCCCCCGCACAGGUGACAGGGCAGCGAAGUGCAUCAACAAAAAUAAGCAUUGAUGUAAAUAUGACAGACAUGCAGGGAGCGCAGAUCAAAAGAGAAAGGGAUGCGCGAGAUGCGGGUCGGUCUAUCGCGCGAGAUAAAGACAAGGGACUAGAGGACGCGAAGCUCCACGUGCCGCCUUAUAAUGUUUACAAAGAUAAUUGGCUAAACCGAAAGCUCAACAGAGUGGGACUUCCGCUGCGUACCGCCCGUUACAAUUCCGACAUCGGAAGAACCACCGUCGUCAUGUAUACGGACAGCCCUAUCAACCGGAAUCUUAACCGCGUCGGGAUACCGGGGAUAAUUUUCCCAGUUACCAACAAGAGCACUGUGACUGUGGCCAUACCUAUAACGAUGGAUAAGAUAUUCAACAGUGAUCAGAUGGAGUCAUUCAGCAGCAACCGAGAUAUCCGUCAGCCCAUUUGUUGUAAAAAACAUCCAAAUAAUGUCCGGUACAACGGGUUCUGUGACGGGAGCCCAAAUAUUUGUAUAGCCAUGGAGUAUAUGUCGAUGACGUAUGACGCUUUACAUUUAAGGCACGAUAUUGACUUCACAGAAAGCGAACGUUUGCAAAUAAUUCGCCAGAUGUGUGAAGGUAUGAAAUAUCUGCAUUCACGAGAUAUGCCCCAUGCAGACCUGAAAUCUGAAAGCGUGCUACUGAUUUACAUGAAAGGCAAAGAACGCGUGGCUAAACUGUCCGACUUCGGACUAUAUAACGUUCAUAUGACGUCAUCAGUAGCUGUCGCGAAAAUAACUCAAAAGUCUAUGAUUUCGAGAUACUCCGCACCGGGAGUCCUUUGUGGGGAAAUCCUGAAGAUACCGGAUAUGAUGGAAGCGGAUAUCUGGUCGCUCGCGCUCCUACUCCAUGAGGUGUUUUUCGACUAGGAGCCUUACUUCGACACGUCGUAUUAAACCUUGCUUCAAGAAGUUGGGACCAAGGGCGUCACACCCAAGGGGCCUUCUGAUGAUAACCAUACCGUUAGUGUUACGCAGAAAAAGGCACUAAGCUUCAAUCCGGCAAAGAGGCCUGACAUUAUUACCUACAUGUGUCUAAUAUUGAAAGAAAUUGACAGCAUUUACAAGGACUAUGCGUUGGGUAUCUGAGAGGCUGCGAAAGUUUACUUGUUUUUUGUUUUUUUGUUUACCAAUCAUACAUUUUCUUGUUUGGUAUUCGUCAGCUAGAAUUGCUUUGAUGUCUUUGGUGAGUUAGCUUAGAGUAUUUGAGGCCUAACAUUGCCUCGACUAUGUUUUAGUUGAUUUUAUGUGCAUUUUAUGAAUUCAUAUAUAUCAUGUAAUCUCGUGUUUGUCAAAAAGCAGCUAGAAAUGAGGUUAAUUUCUGAAAAAUAGUACCGUUUUUAUUUUUUUAUAUUUUGUUGUCUUUUUCCAUGAAGAUCUAGGCAUUUUGAACAAAAAUUUAAACAAAUAUUUAAUAACAUUUUACCAAUAUGUACUGUACAUAGAAACAGAUAAGGUGCGUAUUUGCGUAAAUACGCUUUUAAAAUGAGAGAAAACGAAAUUGCUAUAAAAAUCGAUGAGUAACAAAACGCAUUAGAAAAGGCAGAAUAUGCAAAGAAUUAAAAAGGGAUGCGUAAUGAAUUAAUUUUAGAAUUGGAAACUCAAUUCGUCUAAUUCGGCGACCUCGAACUUUUAAAACUCAGUUGAAAAUAGAUAAUAGUUUCCGUAAUUUGCCGAUCAUAAUCGAAGGCCUCGGGGUUUGAAUAAAGACGCUUUCGUUGAUUAACGAGUAAAUAAGAUGUUAGCCGAAUGCAGGCGGGAACUCACGUGUUUAUGUGCAAGCUUUUCCACGAACAUGUCAUCUAAAAUGUGUUUGUUUUAAAAAUCUAGUUUAUUUUAUAAUGUCAACUAUACGCUGUACAACAACUUUAAACACUCAGUUUCACUCAUUUUUAAUAAUCAAGUUGUUACCAGUUAGUGUUUCCAAACACCCUAAUAAAAGACAAUUGACACCACGCCGAUAGCGAUAAUGCUAUGCCUCACGUGACCUCUUAUUAAGGGCCCUCCGACAAGUACGCAGAAUCAGACGAUAAAAAAUACAAAUUUAUACUUGACAAUCAGAUAAAAAUGCAUAGAACAUUGUAAAACAUAGCAAUAAAAGCAAGUAUAACAUUUGAUAAGUUCAUUAUUAUCAAUUAUAUGCAAUGAAUGAUUCAAGUAGAAAUAAAGCAUGAACUUUAAAAUAAUUCAUUCCAAAUAACAUCGGAAUUUUGUUACAGUAGAAUAACAGUCUGUUUUUUAAAACUCUAAUUUAGGGAAACAAAACAUGUAUUAAUUUCCUUUCCGAUUGUCAACAAAAAACGACGUUUGUAUUGAUCCAUUGUCAAAACUCAAUAGAUUUCGCUGUUUUUCUUCCUUUAUCCAUUAAGAAUCACCUGUUUAACACAAGUGUAAUGAAUUAUUAUUAUUGAUUUAACUACCUUAAUGUUUCUUUCAAUGAAUAAAUAUCCAUAUUAAAUGAAAUGCAAAACUGUUUUAACAAGCAACAUAGAAGUAAGAAAUGACAAUAGUCAUUAUAAAUGCACAGAUUUUUACUUUUAUUUGCGUCAUUUACAAAGAUGAUUUUGUUAUAUCUAUGCGUAUACACUUUUUGUUCCCAUUAGUUACAUAUCAGAUAUUUUAUUAAAUUUAAUAAAAAAUGUAACUCA